GGUAUCAUGUCUGAAACACACCAUAACUGAAAAUUGCCACUUAAUAACAAAUCAAAGCUUAAUGUGUGUGGAAUAUUAAAAAUAUUAAGUAUUUACGGCCGAGCCCUAGCAAUAAUGGAAAAUUUGGAACCGGGAAUUGAAAUGCUACCUUCGGAAGGAAGCGAAAAUACAGAGCAUGAAGCAGCAGACAGCAAACCUAUAACUAGAAGAGACAGCAACGAUGCGGAACCCACUGAGGAAGAGCUCUUAUCGUUAGAAACACUGAGAGACUCACCGUUACAGUGGCCAGAGCGUUUGCCCGGCAUGGAGCGGUUUCUCACUUCAAGCGACACACCAAUACACACACCCAGUACUCAUGCUGGGCAAAGCGAAGCGGACAUCGCAAAAAUUAACCAACUAGCAGCCUUGACGCCAUCACAAUUGAUAGACAAGAUUAAGUCUAUGCAUGAUGAAAUCUAUCAGCUGGGACUCCGGGAGUCGAAGGAGAUGACGCGAGGCAAGCUGCUGGGCAUAUUCGAUUGCAUAGCCAAGGCAAAUCCCUAAACAGACCAACAUACAGUAUA